CCUGAGGGUCUGCGCGGAUCACCGGGGUGGCAUCAACUGGCUCAGCCUGAGCCCCGACGGGCAGCGCCUGUUGACCGGCAGCGAGGACGGAACGGCCCGGCUGUGGAGCACCGCGGACGGCCAGUGCUGCGCCCUCUUCCAAGGACAUGAAAGCUAUGUCACCUUCUGCCAGCUGGAGAGCGAAGCUGCCUUCACAUGCAGUGCCGACCACACCGUCAGGAAGUGGGACGUGCUUACCGGCCAGUGUCUGGCUGUUUACCGAGGACACACGUCCAUCGUGAACAGGAUAUUGGUGGUCGACAACCAGCUCUUUAGCAGCUCCUACGACCGGACAGCUCGCUGCUGGAGUGUAGACAAGGGGCAGAUGUUCCAGGAGUUCCGGGGCCACCGCAACUGCGUCCUGACUCUAGCCUACUCUGCCCCCCGGGACCUUCACGGCGCCCCCUGCCAGUGGGACGAGGCCGUGGCUGGGGGGCUGCUGGUGACAGGCAGCACCGACGGCACGGCCAAGGUGUGGCAGGUGGCCAGUGGCUGCUGCCAUCGGACGCUGCGGGGCCACACGGGCGCUGUGCUGUGCCUGGCACUGGACACGCCCGGCCACACAGCCUUCACGGGCAGCACUGACGCCACCGUCCGCGCCUGGGACAUCUUGAGUGGGGAGCAGCUGCGGGUGUUCCGGGAGCACCAGGGCUCAGUCAUCUGUUUGGAGCUCGUGAACCGGCACGUGUACUCGGGCAGUGCUGACAGGACGGUCAAGUGCUGGCUGGCCGACACGGGCGAGUGCGUGCGCACCUUCAAGGCCCACAGACACAGCGUGAGCGCCCUCAAGUACCACGCGGGCACCUUGUUUACAGGCAGUGGGGACGCCUGCGCCCGCGCCUUUGACACCCAGUCUGGAGUGCUGCAGAGGGUGUUCCGUGGCCACGCCUUCAUCAUCAACUGCAUCCAGGUGCACGAGCAGGUGCUCUACACAGCCUCCCACGACGGCUCGCUGCGCCUCUGGGAUGUGCGCGGGCUCCACAAGCCCGACUCGCGCCGCGCAGCUCCCGAGCGCAGCCGCUCGCAGCGCUUCAACAACAGGGUGGGCUGCGCCGCAGAGGUGCACGGGCCGGCCCCGACGUGA